CACGCACCAUCUUCUUUAUGACCUCUGAGGAGGCGGGCGAAGGGAAGAGAAGGCGGCCAGGCUUGUAUUUCCUGCUCCGGGGGAAGCGAGAGCCUACCUGAGAAGAGGAUCACUAAUAAACAUACGAAACAGACACAGGGCAGGUCCCAGCUGAACCAUGGGGGAUGGGAGAAUCUACGUGGGGAACCUUCCAGCUGAUGUGCAGGAGCGUGACGUGGAGGAUCUCUUCUACAAGUAUGGGAAGAUCCGGGACAUUGAGCUGAAGAACAACAGGGGCACCAUCCCUUUCGCCUUCGUCCGGUUUGAGGACCCAAGGGACGCAGAGGAUGCAGUGCAUGGAAGGAAUGGGUAUGGCUUUGGAGACUCCAAGCUGCGUGUGGAGUACCCACGUUCCUCAUCCUCUAAAUUUAAUGGCCCUAUGGCGGGGGGAGCUCCCCGGGGCAGGUUUGGACCCCCGUCUCGAAGAUCAGAGUUCCGGGUCAUAGUUACAGGUUUACCCCCCUCUGGGAGCUGGCAGGACCUGAAGGAUCACAUGAGGGAGGCUGGGGACGUGUGCUUUGCUGAUGUGCAGCGUGAUGGGGAGGGUGUGGUGGAGUUCUUGCGUCGGGAGGAUAUGGAGUACGCACUGCGCAGGCUGGACAGGACCGAGUUCCGAUCACACCAGGGGGAGACGGCUUUUAUCCGGGUCCAUGGCGAGAGGAGUUCAAGCUGGGGCCGCUCCCGGUCCCGGUCUCGCUCCAGAUCUAGGGGUCGAUACUCCCCGUACCAGAGCCGGGGGUCUCCUCGCUACCAGUCCCCUCCGCCCAGGCGACGCUCUCUGUCCCGUCACAGCCCCCCCCCAGCCCGGCAGCGCAGCAGCCCCCCACCCCGCCACUACCGGUAAAGAGCAGAAGCAGGACGGCAGCAGCUGGAGGGUGGCUUUGUUUUUGUGGGAGAAGGGAUUUUUUUUUUUUUUUUUUCUUAAUUUUAUUUUUUUGGGGGGGUCUGUCAGUAAUUUACAUUCCACUAUCAGGGUUGUCCCUCAGAGGCUCCAGUCGCUAUCCAGUCGCCAGAUAUCUUUCCCUUUAGUUUGCUUCAGAGGUUGAUUUGUGUGUCUAUAAUAGAUUGCAUUGCUUUGACCUCUCUGGAUAUCCAACGUUUUGGAAUAAAGUAUCACAGCUUCUGAAAUGGACACAGGUAUGGGACACAGAACUCUCCCCUCUUAGAAUCUGGCGUUGUCUCAUUUUUAGGACAAUCCUGUCUCCUGGAUGGUGGCUGUUGGCUUCUGUCUCUAGACACUGAAGUGCUGUGUUAUAUUUUAGUUUUUUUUUUUUCUUUUUAAAUAAAAAAACAAAACAUUUUUAA